AUGCAUUUGAUUCCCAGGGAGUUGGAUAAGCUUACCAUCUCUCAUCUCGGACAUCUGGCUCAACGCCGUCUAUCACGCGGUAUCCGACUCAACAACGCUGAAGCUGCUGCGCUGAUCUUCUCUCUCAUCUGCGACGGACACUAUGCAGUGGCGGAUCUCAUGGCCCUGGGCCGGUCCGUCCUGGGCGGGCGACAUGUCCUCCCUUCUGUGUGGUUCACGCUCCGCCAGCUACAAGUAGAAGGGACAUUCCCAACAGGCACGUACCUCGUCACGGUGCAGCACCCUAUCGCCGGUGAAGAGGGGGAUUUGGCAAAGGCGCUGUACGGUAGCGGUCUGCCUGUGCCGCCGUUCGAUCCGUUCCCGUCUUCGGAUCAGCUUUGGGACCAAGCCGCUGCAGGUGUUGAAGAGUGGAAUGAUUACGGUCUCUCUAGGAGUAAGCUCUUUGGCGACCCGAACGGAUCAAUUCCGACCAUUGAGCCCAUGAUGAUGCGGCCGCAGUUCGCGCCCCACGUACCGCGGACGUCAAUCAUGUUCGUCUCGCAGGCCUCCAAAGAGAAGGUCAAGAACGAAUACGGCCUGAAAAAGACUAUCGAGGCCGUCAAGCACUGCCGAACGGUAGACACAAAGCAGAUACAGCCGACUCCCAAACCGGACCCUGUGCCCCUAAGCAAAAAGCACAUGAAGUACAAUAGCGAGAUGCCCAAGAUGGAGGUUGACCCGGAGACCUUUGCCGACGGUGAAGUGUUCGACGUGGCUCCUGCGACGUCGUUGCCCCUUACGCAGGAUUACUACAUCUUCCGAUUCGGGAACAGGGGGUAUGCUCUGUCUUCCGUUCAAAUGUAG